AUGUGCUGCUCCCCUUGCUGCCAGCCCACCUGCUGCAGGACCACCUGCUGCCGGACCACUUGCUGUGGGUCCAGCGGCUGUGGGUCCAGCUGCUGCCAGCCUUGCUGCCGCCCUUGCUGCUGUCAGACCACCUGCUGCAGGACCACCUGCUGUCGGCCCACUUGCUGUGGGUCCAGCGGCUGUGGGUCCAGCUGCUGCCAGCCUUGCUGCCGCCCAACCUGCUGUCAGACCACCUGCUGCAGGACCACCUGCUGUCGGCCCACUUGCUGUGGGUCCAGCGGCUGUGGGUCCAGCUGCUGCCAGCCUUGCUGCCGCCCAACCUGCUGUCAGACCACCUGCUGCAGGACCACCUGCUGUCGGCCCACUUGCUGUGGGUCCAGCGGCUGUGGGUCCAGCUGCUGCCAGCCUUGCUGCCGCCCAACCUGCUGUCAGACCACCUGCUGCAGGACCACCUGCUGUCGGCCCACUUGCUGUGGGUCCAGCGGCUGUGGGUCCAGCUGCUGCCAGCCUUGCUGCCGCCCCUGCUGUCAGACCACCUGCUGCAGGACCACCUCAGCCUUGCUGCUGCUGAUCACCUUGUCAGAGAACCACCAUCUGUGA